AUGCGUUAUCUACUGCUUUUCAGCGCAGCCCUGGUCGCUGUGCGUGCGCAAAUAGACUGCGGUGCACCCGCUGGGUCGGUUGCAGACGAAUCUAAGGCCGUGCUCUGGUUGAAUAAUACGUACAACCCCAAUGCAGAGAUCAUUUACUCAACCGCCAUUAGUGCGUCUUGGGACUAUGAGACUAACAUCACCGAGUACAACCAACAAGUGAUGUUAGAUGCUAUAUCCGUCGCUGGUGGUUUUGACAGGGACAUGCGAACGUGUGCUUUGGUAUUCGACAGAACUGAUUUCACAUUUGAUACAAACAGACGAUUAGAGAACCUCAUCUAUAUCGGUGCAGCGGCGCUGGAUGAUGAAAAGUUCGAUGAGUUUAACCAAAUAGUUGCUGACAUGUCGGCUAUUUACAACACUGGUGAGGUAUGUGACAAACCAGGGGAUCCAAAUCCAGAUGCAUGUUACCCAUUGGACCCAGAUCUGUAUGACGUAAUGGCCAAUAGUCGCAACUGGAGUGAACUGGUAUGGGCAUGGGAAGGAUGGCGUGAUACAUGUGGUCCUCCCAUGAAACCAAUGUACCCGAGAUAUGUUGAAUUAUCCAACGAAGCAGCUCUUCUGAACGACCAACCGGACAUGGGUGCCUUCUGGCGAUCCUGGUAUGAAAUGGAAGAUUUCGAGGCUGAAGUAAUGAGACUGUGGGACGAAGUGUUGCCUAUGUACGAGCAGUUACAUGCAUACGUACGAAGAAAGUUGAGCGGGGUUUAUGGAACAGAACACGUUAGUUUAACCGGAGCCAUCCCGGCACACAUCACCGGUAAUAUGUGGGCACAGGAUUGGAUGAGUAUCAGCGACAUCGUGUUACCAUUCCCUAAUGCUUCAUCCAUUGAUGUUACAGACGAAUUAAUUAACCAGGGUUACGAUGCUCUGCAGAUGUUCCAACUAUCAGAAGAUUUCUUUGUAUCCAUGGGAUUGAUUCCAUCGCCACAGAGUUUCUGGGAGGAUUCCAUGUUUGAAAAACCAGAUGAUGGACGAGAGGUCACGUGCCAUGCUUCAGCGUGGGAUUUUUUCAACAGGAAAGAUUUCAGAAUCAAGAUGUGUACACGUGUAAAUCACGAGGAUUUGAUCACCAUUCAUCACGAGAUGGGACACACUCAGUAUUACUACCAAUACGCACCACAGCCCGUUGAAUACCGCGAUGGCGCCAACAAUGGCUUCCACGAGGCGCUCGGUGACACCAUAUCUCUGUCUGUCCAGACACCGGAACAUCUCUACGAGGUUGGUUUACUACCGGAACUUGUCCAAGAUCAGGAGUCGGAUCUGAAUUACCUGAUGUCGAUGGCUUUGCAGAAAGUAGCUUUCCUGCCUUUCGGUUUACUCAUUGACCUCUGGAGAUGGGAAAUCUUUGACGGCACCAUUACUGAAUACAACUAUAAUGAAAGGUGGUGGCAUAUGAGAACUGGUAUUCAGGGUGUGGUGGAGCCAGUCAAACGUUCCGAUUUGGCGGGUGAUUUUGAUGCUGGCGCAAAAUACCACGUUCCGGCCGACGUUCCCUACAUCAGGUACUUCGUGAGUCACAUUUUGCAAUUUCAGUUCCACGAAGCCAUAUGCGAGGCUGCUGGCGAGUACCCUGCUAAACCACUGCACCAUUGCGACGUGUACGAGUCUCACGAAGCUGGUGAUCUUCUCGCGGAAAUGAUGAGGCCUGGUUCCAGUAUACCUUGGCAGGACGUCCUAGAAGCAAUGACCGGAUCACGUGACAUGAGUACGCUCCCGUUACAGGAAUUCUUCAAACCUUUGAUAACUUAUCUGACUGCCGAGAACACUAAGAACGACGAGUUCAUUGGCUGGGAUAUUAACUGGAAGCCACCGGAGACCCCUUGCAAACACCACUCUACCGCCGCUAUGUACGCCGUGAUGAAUGCUGCUGCCAUUGUCUUGGCAUGUCUCUCAAUGUCCGCGCUAAUCUCCGCUGAAGACGAGUUGAUAACAGAUGAAGGCGAAGCCAGAGAGUAUCUUGUUAUGUACAAUACCCUUGCGCAAGAAACGUAUUUCAAAUAUGUUACUACGUCCUGGAACUACGCCACGAACUUGACAGAUGUGAACAAGGAUAUAUUCGUUCAAGAAAGUCUGAAAUCCGCAGCAUUUGAUUUAGAGGCCCGUGCCAACGUGUCAAAGUUCGACUGGACUAAUUUUGACCCGGAUGUGAUGAGGCAGCUUCAGAAGAUCUACUACAUCGGAUCGUCUGCAUUGGAAGGGGACGAUUUGAUAGAAUAUGAAAACAUCCUAGCUGAUAUGGAGCAGAUAUACUCAACAGCGAAAGUGUGCGAAAGUGAAUCAAUUUGCAUACCCCUGGAUCCAGAUCUCACGAGACUAAUGGCAACCAGUCGUGACUAUGAUGAGUUGAAAUGGGCAUGGGAAGGUUGGCGUAGAGAAACUGGACCUGAAAUGAAAGAUAUGUACGAGAAUUUUGUGACUCUGGCGAAUAAAGCAGCAAAGGUUAAUGAUCAACCCGACAUGGGAGCCUACUGGCGGUCUUGGUACGAAGUAGAUGACUUGAAAGCCGACUCUAUGCGUCUCUGGGAACAACUUAGGCCAUUUUAUGAGCAGCUGCACGCAUACGUCAGGGGGAGACUUAGUGAACAUUAUGGGGAGUCGUUGGUUGAUCCCAAACGUCCCAUACCUGCACAUUUAUUAGGUAAUAUGUGGGCUCAGAGUUGGGGUAAUAUACUGGAUCUGGUUCUACCUUACCCUGGAAAGACUUCAAUUGAUGUCACGCCUGCUCUGGUGGAUCAGGGUUAUGACGCACUGCGCAUGUUCAAUAUAUCCGAGGAGUUCUUCACAUCUCUUGGUUUGAUCCCUUCGCCUCAAUCCUUCUGGGAUGACACCAUGUUCGUGAAACCGACGGAUGGUAGAGAUGUGGUCUGCCAUGCAUCGGCCUGGGAUUUCUACAACGCAAAAGAUAUAAGAAUCAAAAUGUGCACAUCAAUCAAUAUGGAAGAUCUGAUAACCAUUCACCAUGAAAUGGGACAUACACAAUAUUUCCUGCAAUAUAAAGAUCAACCGGUCGUGUAUCGCAGAGGAGCCAACCCAGGAUUCCAUGAAGCUGUUGGUGACUUACUUGCUCUGUCCGUAUCCACACCCGAUCACUUACAUCAAAUUGGUUUAUUAGAUACGGUUGAAGAUGAUGCCGAGGCCGACAUCAACUUUCUGAUGAGUAUGGCGUUGGAUAAGAUAGCUUUCUUGCCGUUUGGUUUGUUAAUGGAUCUCUGGAGGUGGGACGUGUUUGAAGGCCUCACGACCAAGGACUCGUACACGGAGGCGUGGUGGAAGCUAAGGAACGACAUUCAGGGAGUUGAGGCACCUGUUGAACGAAGUGACGAAGCUGGCCAUUUUGACCCAGGCGCCAAGUACCAUAUACCUGGCAACACGCCAUAUAUACGAUACUUCAUUAGUCAUGUGUUGCAGUUUCAAAUGCAUCGUUCUUUGUGCGAAACAGCUGGUAAUACCCGUUCCUUACACCAGUGUGACAUUUACAGAUCUAAGGAAGCUGGCAAAAAAUUAGGGGAUAUGUUAAAGCUUGGUUCAAGUAAAAAAUGGCCUGAGGCACUGGAAGCUAUAACAGGAAGCAGGGAGAUGGACGCCUCGGCCAUAGUUGAUUACUUCAAACCGCUGAUGACUUGGUUAGAAGAGAAGAACGAGGAAAAGGGAUAUGUUGUGGGAUGGAGUGACACAGGCUCUGUUAUAACAAUGAAUGAUAUCAAUGAAGAAUAUGUUUCCUUACUGAAUGAAAUGAUGUGGAUCCAGGUUCUAGCCAUCAUAAAAAAACAUCUAAAAAGUAUCAUAUGUGAAAACAUUGAAGAUGCUACAUUUGUUAAAUCACAUCGGGCAUACGAAAGUGAGAAAAUUGGGUCUAGUUAUGACAAGGUUGUCAACAUAGAAAAGCGUAUUGCUUGUGGAGUUGCUGAACGAAUGAAGACAACUGAUAAUACUGAUUUUCUAGAGAACACUGCAGAUGGUCAGAACACUCUUCAUGGUACAAUGCUGGUAAUCAGUCAAAACGAGGAGAUGGCACGAGAGUUAUAUGAAGCCGGUAAAGAGUUUACACCACCUUAUUCGGGAGAGUGGGAGCUUCAUCUUGGUGCUCUUGAAGUGCAAGUCAAGUACUACUUUGCUCAUGAUCUCCACAAGUAUGCCCGACUUGUGUCAGUAUAUUUUGCACAAAUGAAGCUGCUUAAGAAACCUGGAAUGCUCUGA